CACAGACUGUUCCCUAGUAUGGCUCAUCUGACACAAUGAUGCAGCAUCAUUGCACCAUCUUCUCUUUCGAGCUGGCAAUCUGCCACAGAGAAAAGGAAGCUUCACACUCUGUCCCUACAACAAAGCCAGGACGGAAGAGCUCGAGCUGGGCACUUGUACAAAUAUGGCGCAAUGUAUUUCUCCAUGGCAUUGCCAAUCCAAGAAGCAUAUAUACAUUGAUUGACCACCUGGUCACUGCAUCCGUCGCUACUGGAGUACCUAUCUUGAGCUGCCUAGAGGGCUCCGGGUGCGAUGGCUGCUGCAUCCUUCGUUACCUACCUCGAGACGCCUAGAGAGUUCCGGCUGCUGGGGUUCCGGGCGCCGCCGCCGUCUCCGGUCACCGGCGUUGUGACAAACGGUGGCUCUGGAUCACCUGAGUACGGUGAGUGCCCCGACGGCAACGAAGAUGACGAGGUCGGCAGGUUCCUGCGUCGCUCCGCCAAGGUCCCGGUGCUGCGGCUGCCGGAGAGGGCCAUCCCGCGGAAGAAGAAGAGUGAUAAGGCGGCGUGGGCUCCCCCAGUCAUCGACAUGCGCCUGCUGGACACGCCGGAUGGCAGUGGUCCGGUGGUGGAGGCUCUGAGGUCGGCGGCCGUCGCGUUUGGCUGCUUCCAGGUGGUUGGCCAUGGGGUCAAUUUGUGCCUGGUCUCUGCUGCGGCGGGGAGGGCGAGUUCGCCUACGCCGGAGGAGGCCGGUGGAGAAGAUGGUGAGGAGCUGUGGUGGUCACCAAGCGAAGGAGACCAGUUGAGGAACGGGGCAGCCGAUCUGUUCACCCAGCUGGAGCAAACCGCAGCCAAACUGGUGGAUGCCUUGCAGCGGGACAGCGUUGGCGCCACCAUGGUCAGAGCUGACAGGAACGGCUCGCAACUCUGCAUCCGCACGCACCACGGCCGGCAGUGCGAUAUCGGCCCUAUCACUAUCAGCCAGGACGACAUCCUGAGGAUGCUGAUCAAGAGCUCGCGCUGCCCGCGUGCUCUCGCUCUCCACCUCUGCCCCGGCGCCUCCACGUUCCACGUCUUCUCCCGGCAGCGGGGAUGGUCCAGGUUCCGCCCCCUCGGUGGCGCCGUCGUGGUCACCGUCGGAGACCAGCUUCAGGUGACGCACCAGUCUCUUGAGCGUGACCCUUUUUUCAGACGAAAUCUGGCCGAUCUUACAAAUGCACGCUGCAUCAUCAUCACAAUCGUACAUUGCCUUCCGGUUUACCUGCUUCGCUCUCCACAUAUGCAGGCAUGCAGCAGUGGACUCUACAAGAGCGUGGCCGGGAAACCGGCUUACAGCGACGGCGAUCUCCGAGCAGAACGCGGCUGCGACGUCGUCUCGGCGGAGUACCUCCACACCUGCUCUUCGGCUAGCAUGGAGAGCGAGCCCCUGGACGCGGAUGCCGGGAAGACCAUUCAGUUGAAUGUGCAGAUCAUUGUAGCAGCUUGCCUUGUGCUCCUUUACUACUUUCUCCUGUCAUGCUUGUAUACGAUUUGGUCUUGAGAAGCUGCAGCAGAACUUGUUGCCCUGAAAAUGCAGCUCGGUUUUUAUUUCAAGUUCAGCUCGGCUUUUGGAAA